AGUCAGUCAGUGUGCCACCAGCCUUUGAAGUGUGAGGGCAUCCGCGCUCUUCUCCCAGGGCAAACUUCACUCACUCGCUCGGCCGCGACGUAGAACCGAGUCCCUCUUUUUCUUUCCCAAGCGAUACAACUUUUAUCGAGGAAGUUUUCCCGUGGUGAUGUCAUCGCCGAUGAAUAUGCUCGAGUGUUGUAAUUCUAUGAGGGAUUGCCAGUGACGAAAAAUAUAAAAAAAACGUACAUAUAAAAGUUCGGUUUUUGAGAUUCAUGUCAAACGAUUCAUUUUGGCAAACUGGUUGGGAAUAGUGAGCGAGAUCGCACAGUACCCUUCAGGAGACAGGAGAGAGAAAGAGCGAGAUGUUGAUAGUGUAUUUUGCAACGCUGCUAAUUAUCCAACGUGGUCACUGCGACAUUCUCCAAAGGAUCGAAGUGCCUCUUUACGCUUUCGCCGGGGGCGAGGCCACCCUCAGCUGCUCCUACGACUUGAGGGCGACCAGGCUCUACUCCCUCAAGUGGUACCACAACAAUACCGAGUUCUACAGAUACGUCCCCACCGAGAGGAACAGGCCCAUCAAUAUUAAGCCCUCGCUGAAAUUCUCAGUCACGGAGCUGUUCAGAAACGACGCCCGCGUGACCCUCUCCCUCAGCCGCCUGACGGUGUCGGCCUCUGGCGUCUACAGGUGCGAAGUCAUCGCCGAACACCCGAGCUUCCGCACGGAGGCGGAUUCCGCACCCAUGACGGUCCUCAGAGACCCCCUGGCCCCUCCAGUGCUGGUGGGGGCGAGAGAGAUCUACGAACCGACGGAACUCAUCAAAAUCGGAUGUCAGCCCAGACGACCCUUCCACCACGAGCACAAGCCCACGCUGCAGUGGUACCUCGAGGGCAGCAAAGUGGGCUCGGAGUGGGUGACGCCCUACGGCAGCGCCCUAAAUCAAGGAUACAGCGGGCUAUCCUUGCAUGUCCCUGGGGAGCAGGUGGCAGAGGCCGGGGGCAGCCUACAGGCGGAAUGUCGUCUGUCACUGGGUCCUUACCAACUCAGCGCCUAUAAGACGCUACGCGUCAGGAUUAGGAUGAUAUCCUACGUAGACAAUUACCAUUCCUCAGGUCUGAAGAAGACAGCUGGGGUGUAUCACAUCUACCUCCUAGCGACUUCUGUCAUCGUAGUAGCAGUAUGCUCUUUGCUGUAGACGGGAAGACGACCUUCUGAGAGAGCGUCUUUCAUCUGCAGGAGAGGGAGUCUUAUUUGAAAAGCAUCGUGCGUCGUAUUGUUGAGUGAGCUUGUGAUUUUAAAGCCUUUAAGUCUGAGACAAGACUUCUUCGACAUUCGCCAGUGGCUGACAACUUCGUCUCGUGCGCAUGCGCAGAAAAGCCCACAAGAGAAGAAGCCCAGUUAGCAAAGGGUUAAGAAUGAUCUGUGAUCAAAUUCGCUCUGCCUGAGCGCAUGCUCAGAUAAACCUGAAAGAGAAAAGGAAGACCACUUAGAAAAAAAGGUUAAGGAGUGACCAGGUUUGCUCUGCCUGCGCGCAUGCGCCGAUAGACCUGAAAGGGAAGAGGAGAGAACAGUGAGAAAAGGUUUAAAUAAAAAAAAGGGGGUGAUCAGGACACUUAUACACAGCUCGAGAGGCAAUAAGACAUACCGGUCCUUUUCGAAUAAAAUGGCCUUAUCCAUCAUCUUGUAUAUUCCCUCAUGUCUAGGGUCCAAGUCACACGCUAUCAUUAUUAACGUUAUUAUUUUACUAAAAAAAAAAAGGUGUUCAGUUAAGUCUGCGAGGCGUGGGGUACUGUCAUAUGCACUAGAAAUAAAUAAAUAAAAAAAUAAUGAAAAACAAAAGGUCUAGCCCACCGCUACACUUCUUUGACUGAGCAUGGCUCAGUUCAGUAAGAGAUUUUCCAAUUCCAAAUUUUGCUGUUGACUAGUGGCUAGUAACUAGUAGCUAGUGACUAGUGACUAGUACACACAGGCCAGUAUAACCCACGCGAGCAGGCUUAAGUGAAUGCCUCAGAUUUGUCUGUCCAAUCAAGCCUUCUCUCCUAUGGACAAAAAGGUGGUUAUAAAAUGUAAAUUUUCAUAGGUUAUAGGUAACAUUAUUAUUGAAAUAUUUAAUGACCAAAUCACAUAGACGCUCUUGCCUUAUAUGUUUACUUUUAAGGUAUCAAAUUCUCUCUUGGAACUGGGUGGAACAUUUGAAACGUGCCUCUGAUCUUAUUAAACUUUUCUCCUUGGGUUCAAGUGGGUACGCCAAAAAAAGAAAAAAAAAACUGCUUGUAACCAAGGAGUUAAACCGUGACUGGGUUUAUCAUGACUGUUAGUAAACCAAAAAAGUUAAGCCGUGAAAGCAGGGGUUCUGGGAAAGAUUUCUAUUAGUAGAACUUAUCAUCAGGGUUUAACUAAUUGAACCAGGACUUGCCCUAGGUCAGCUAGUUGACCUUUUCCUGGUUGGGGUUAACUAGUUGAUGGCGAACCUAUCCCUGCACAGCGUUAAAAGUAUGUCAGUAGGCAAUAUUAUUGCUUUUGGGUCAAAUAGUUAAACCUAUAUAUUCUCUGAGGUCAGGAUAACCCCCGAGAUAAGCAGUUAGAGUCGAACAGUUGACCCAAGACUACCUGAGGUCAAGGUAACCUUGGAGACACUUAUUUGGAGUCAACUGUUGAGCCAAGACUGCCUGCUGAGGUCAAGUUAACCUUGGAGAUAAGCAUUUCGAGUCGAAUAGUUGACCCAAGGCUACCUGAGGUCAAGAUAACCUUGGAGACACGUAUUUGGAAUCAAACAGCUGAGUUGAGAUUGUCUAAGGCCAAGAUAACCUUGGAAACACUUAUUUGGUGUCCAACUGUUGAGCCAAGACUACAUGAGGUCAAAAGAUAACCUUGGAGACACACACUUCGAGUCGAAUACUUGACCGAGACUGCCUGAGAUCAAGAUAACCUUGGAGACAGAAACGACGACUACCUGAAGCGAAGCUAUACCUUGAGUCCAAGUCUAUGAGCCAUUAUUACUUGGGGUCAAGCCACGAUGAAGCAGAGAGAAAACGAGGGAGAAGAAGCCUACUCAUGAUGACGUCACCCUUAAUAAGAUCAGAGAGGUACCAUCAAAUGAAAACUCACUUCCACGAUGGAACUUGGACUCUGAGCCUUUGAUAAGUGGAUUUCCGUGUGCUAACUUUUUAAAUAUAACUGUUUGUUGGUCGUUCCAAAAAAAAAAAGGAAUAUAAAUAUUAUGUACAAAUACAUUCUUUUAAAAAAAUGAAGACUUAUGAAAAUGGGUGCUUGUUAUCAAAUACAGUAGUGGAUUUAAAAGAGAAAGAACUUUUAGUGUGUACAGUUUGGAAUUACACGAGUGUAGAGAAACUAUAGUUAUUUAGCGUAACUGUAGAGGUUAAUCAGAAAUCAAAACUAUGUGAAAGAGACGAGGUUCUCAAUGGAUCAUAAAUAGAGCGUUUACUUCUCGGCAGCCAGUAUUUCAGAAAAGUUGUUUGAGAGAGCAAAAAUUAGAUGUAUUCACUUCAUAAGCGCCUUAUGUUUCUCACUUUGAACUAUAAAACCUUGUUUUUGUAUAGUUUCUGUUGUACAUGUUAACCAAGUUUAAAAAGUUUAAAGCUUUCUCCUUGACAGAGAGAGAAGAGAGAGAGAGAGAGAGAGAGAGAGAGAGAGAGAGAGAGAGAGAGAGUAAGAUACCUGCACCUGUCAGCAUCGUAUCGACCUAACCUCACGCCAUUUGAUAUGAUAAAAGAUUUGAGUCUGGGAAACUAUCUAUCAACAGUUACAGCCAUUUAUUUAUUUUUUUUUUUUCAAGGGACACACUGCUGAAUAAAUCAAGGUAAGGAAAUGGUUACCGAACAGAGAUUCAGUCGUGUCCUUGAAAAUUAUUAGUGACUCUAUUUACUCGAAGACAAAACAUGAAGAAAGAGUGACAGAAAGUGAGUCAGUAUUUAAAUGUGAGUUUUGAUGUCUGGAGAAUUCUUCCCGUUCGUUGUUAUACAAUAUUCCAGUUCUUUGCCAUAACAACAGACCACAACAGAAGGGAAUUAUAUACAUAAAUUCGUACGUACGCCCCUCAGACAAAUAAAGUUAUUUUCGAUUCUUUUAAGGUACCUAAUUUUCAUCCAGGAAUGAGGUUCAGAUAAAGCCCAUUGCUAACUUCUGAUUCUAGAUUUGCUGAGGAAAUAAAGUAAAUAAAUAAAUAAAUAGGAAAUGCAAUAAUAAAUAAAUAAGCAUUCGAUUUCUGAGGAAUAUGGUUCAGAUAAAGCCCAAUGCUAACUUCUGAUUCUAGAUUUGCUGAGAAAACAAAAUAAAUAAACAAAUAAAUAAACAAAUAAAAAAACAAAAUAAAUAAAUAAAUAAAUAAAUAAAUAAAUAUUCGAUUUAGAGGACACGCAACUUUGUCUAACAAAAUAGCUGGCAAGAUCUCAACAUUGUCCCGAAAAAUGUCCACAAGUUCUUGACAUCUUACUGAAACAGCGACAGUAUUUCAUUUCUGCGCGGAAAAAAUUGCCCAUUUAUUGUCGUUUUAUCGAAGGGGCGGUAGCAGAGUUUCAUUUCAGUAUAGGGAAAAAUAUCCCCUUUCUUACCUGUUUAUCGAAGGGGUAGCUGUAUAUCUUAUUUCAUAAUGGCAAAAGAUUUUGUCGGUUAUAAUGUCACUCAACAAAUAAAAAUGUUUAAAAAUUAUGUUUUGAGUACGACAAACACGUUUGAUGUUUCCCAGACUCUAGAACAGUGUAUUAUUAUUAUUAUUAUUAUUAUUAUUAUUAUUAUUAUUAUUAUUAUUAUUAUUAUUAUUAUGAACAAACAUUCAUAUGGAACAACCUACCACAAAAUAAUUGUCAACACGAGAGAAAACAGAAGUUAUAAAAAAUAAAAAUAAUAAUAAUAAUAAUAAUUCCUACAACAAAGAGAUUUUUAUACACACAAACAGCAACACAAAUCAGAAACAUUUUAAAACAUUAUAUAACGCAACACAAACAAUAGAACGAAAGUGCUAAAAAAAAUACACUACUAAGCUCUUUCUAACUAACAAACUCUCUGACGCCAAUUGUUUUCUACAAUGCUACAAUUCUAUUAUGAACGAAGUUAUUGUCACCCUUUAAUUAACAUAAAUUUUCUGUGAAAAUUUGAAAUUUUACACAGUUUAAUUAAUAUACCUCUUCUAAGAGAAUUUGAAAGGUAAUAUUCUACAAAAUUUAGUUAAUAAAAAUCUGUCUGUGUCCUUUAAUUAUUAUAAUUUCCUAUGAAAAGUCCAAUGUCAAUAUUUUACACUUUUUAAUUAAUAUAAAUAUGAGCUACUGUUCAUAUAAUCUAUUGUGGAUCCGGACUUAAGACCCGAAAAAUACUGAGUUGGAAAAAUAAAGGUCGUGUGGGGCAGAGGAGCCAUCAUGUGAUAUACAUACACACACACACACACACACACACACAUAUAUAUAUAUAUAUAUAUAUAUAUAUAUAUAUAUAUAUAUAUAUAUAUAUAUAUAUAUACAUAUAUCGGUUUUUAUUCGUUUAUCCCUCAUCACAGUUUCAGCUUGAAUCUCGAGAGGCGAGUGUCGGUACGAGGUGAACAUUUGUUUGUUGAAUUUUUUCUUAGUAGUUUAUGUAAUAAUAACAAUAAUAAUAAUAAUAAUAAUAAUAAUAAUAAUAAUAAUAAUAAUAAUAAUAAUAAUAAAAGCCCCUUUGCUACUAUGCCAUAGCCAGUUUCAUUAUAUCAGUCUCAUGCUUAUAAUAAUUACUAUUACUAUGAUUAUUAAUAUUAUUAUCAUUAUUAAUAUUAUUAUUACUAUUAUUAUUAUAGAGUGGGCAACUGCGAGGUUGAUAUAACCUCAUGUCUUUGUUUUUGGUGUUUUGUACAUGAGAUACCCAGGGCAUCAACACAUCGAGUAGGGCCCCAGUUUUAAGUGGACGUUCUCUCUCUCUCUCUCUCUCUCUCUCUUCUCUCUCUCUCUAGCUCUCAGUUCCCUGAUUUUUCAAGAUACAAUAUUCUACAUUUAAGAAUUUAAUUAUUUGAAAAUUACUUCUUUUUUAUUUUUUUGUCUCCCAAGACAGCACACCCAUAGGAUUGUACUGGUGGGGGGUGGG